GCGCAAUUUGUCUCCCACUACUAUGUCCUGCACUACACCAUCCGGCGCAGCGCCCGCUGCGAAGCGGAAGAGGACUGAGGAUGGUCGAGAGGCCGCCGAGCCUGCUAUCACUCGCUCGGACGUCUGGCUCGAUGAUGGCAACAUCAUUCUCCAGGCGGAGCGCACUCAAUUCAAGUUCUACAAGGGCCUGCUGGCGCGUCACUCCCAGGUCUUUGCAGACAUGCUUGCCGUGGUGCCGCACAGUCAAGAGGCUUCCGACGGGGCUUCUGCAGAAAGCUGCCCGGUUGUGGAGUUGACUGACGCCGCGCAGGACGUGCGGUUCAUGCUACUAUGGCUACUCGAGCCACGUUCGUAUACAGCGAAGCCCACCAUAACAAGCGUCAUUUCCGCUAUGCGGAUGGGCCAUAAAUACAUGGUCGUUCCCUUGUGGGAGGAUGUCGUCGAGCGCUUGCACUUCGAGUUUCCAAAGACCCUAGAAGGGUAUUACGCGCAGACUCAGCGCUGGGCCAGUAUACAUUGUGAUGGCGGUGACGACGCCGUCCUCCGACUAGCCGACGUCGUGCGGGGCGUAGGGCUGGAUACAAUCCUGCCCAUGCUGUACUAUCGCAUUAUCCUGACCUGCUCAAUCGAUACCAUUCCCAACGGCAGUGCGACUCUUGAGGACGAUGGCUCGUCCUCAGAGUCUCAGUCGUUGAUCGGUCCACACACAUGCAUUACGCUUCUCAAGGCCAGGGCGAAGAUUACUGCGAGGUUCAGGCAGAACUUCAUGGCGUGGUCAUGGACGGAAGCCGACGACUGUGUUCAGUCGAAGGAUUGCGCGCAGGCCACGAAGGACUUUCAGAAUCGAACAUGGACCAUACAAUCUCCGUCGCCCAAGCACUUCGCAGAGGAUGAAGCCGCUUUACACCUAUUCCACCCUUGGAAGACCAUCCGCCCAAAGCUGCGUUGCCCGUGCGACAGGUGUAUGAUGGCCAUGGAAGACGUCUACAUAGAGUAUCAGCGGGCAACCUGGGCAGAGCUCCCUACGUUCUUUGGGUUGCCGGUGUGGGAAAACCUCAGGGAUUAUUCUGUUGUUUAGACAUGAAGCCAGCACAAUCUCCUGCAUCACUUUCUUUGACUAGAGGAAGCUCCGGCUACGCCGGUUCUCGACCUUGCUUGCGGCUCUAGCACUGGGCACUCGGUCAUUUAUUGAUCACCACCGACCUUUUGAUUGUGCCCUGCGAAAAAUCAGGCUUCAAUAAGGACGGGGAGAGACCUUGCAAGCAAGGUAAACUCAAUCAUUUGCGGCCAUCCUGAGUUUGCGCUGGUUCUGACCGGAUGGUCUAGAUUGGACUUAAUGAUUAUUACUACUUAUCACUUACUACUUAUCCCGCUCUCCUGAGCUAUGUGACUGAAUCUAUCGGUAUCUCUUGCGUUGCAUCUUCAUUCAUACAUCCCCGUCUUGUUAAUAGUAUCCAGUGAAUGAUUCCAGUCGCACCACCCAAUUUACAUGUCGCGUACAGUCACGAGCACGGGAAUCGAACCCUCUGUCACGGC